AUGGAUAAGCCUGACGCUCACAUCAAUUACGAGGACGCGGUAGAUUACUGGACCUCUGUUCCAGCGACGGUGGACGGGGUUCUUGGCGGAUAUGGUGAGGGCACGAUCGUUCCUACCAUGGACGUGAUGGGUUCCAACCACUUUCUAAGAAAACUGAAGUCAAGGAUGAUCGUUGCAGACAAUCACAAGAAGGUGGGUUGCGACAUUGGUGCAGGUAUCGGUCGGGUGACGCGGGAUAUGCUACAGAAGCACUGUGAUGUCGUGGAUUUGGUGGAGCCGGUCAAGCCAUUUGUGGAUCAGAUGGAGGUAGAACUAGCACCGCUGGCGAAAGAGGGCCGUUUGGGCCAGAUUUACGCUGUGGGAAUGCAAGAUUGGGUGCCUGAAGAAGGCAAAUAUUGGUUGAUAUGGUGCCAAUGGUGUGUAGGUCACUUGCCUGACGUUGAGUUGGUGCAGUUUUUUGAGCGCUGCAAAAAGGCUCUACAACCGAACGGAACCAUCGUGGUCAAGGAGAACAAUACGCAGACUGGUGAGGACGAUUUCGACGCCACCGAUUCGUCCGUGACGCGCUCUGACGACAAGUUCAAGCUUCUGUUCGAAAAGGCCGGGCUCAAGCUGAUCGCUACCGAAAGACAAAAGGGCCUGCCCAAAGAGCUCUAUCCCGUGCGGCUGUAUGCGCUGAAGCCUCUGCAGAGCUGA